UGACAGCGUCUUCACAAUGGUAAUGUACCAGAGCAGUGUGGUGUUGAACCUGCUGGUGGUGGUGUUUGCAGCAGUGUUCCUCUCCCGCUACCUCCUCAACACCUACUCCUCGCUCUUUCCCUGGCUGCCCAGCUCCUGCCACAACCAAUGCUUGGAUACAUACUUCGCUGGUCCACCCAACUUUACAGACCCGGCACUAUUGUCGAUGGUGAGGGAAAAGUACCUAACUCCACCACCUGCUAAUCCAGACACCACACCCAUCGACAUUAACGAGCCAGUGUGGAGCAGACUGGUAGACUGGAAUGUGGUGCAGGAGCAACUGAAGGAGAUCUGGCAGGGGCAGGUACGUAGAACACUGCUCCACUCAUGGGGCCACCGCCUCAGUGGUGGAUAUAGACCAAUAAGAAACAAUGACAGAUAA